CAGACUCUAGUCCCACUAAAUGUAAUGCACAUUCUGCUACUUUGUUUACCUAAUAUAGGAAUUAUAAUUUUUGAAACUGGCCUAAAUGCUUGGUAGUCGUAUAUUGAGGAUACGAACUGGAAAUUCCCUGUUUUAUAAUGUGUAUCAUCAGGAGUUUGCGCGAUGUAAAAGCACAAAGACGAAAAAGGAGAAUGUAAUGCGCCAAGGCAAAAUAUUUAGCUCGUUGUUUGGAAAUCGACAAAAGGGCAGCAACAGUCGUUGGUACCCAUCGCAGGAUAAUAAUGCCGCAUCAAGUGGCGCUGGAUUCCACAAGUCCUCACCUCACGCUCUGAAGUUCGGAACACCUCAUUCGCAUGCCACUCCGGACAAUCAUCGACGCAUGUCCGUUCUCAAUAAGGUUUUCAUGACGAACAUCACCGAUAUUUUGGCCACUGGAGCCAUUGCUGAUUCGAUCGUCGGUCAAGGUGUUCAAAUUUCCUAUGUAAAGAUCACCAGCGAUUUCACCCGAAUCAAUGUCUAUUGGCUUGGUAAAGAUGGACAGGUAAACGACGCCCUUGAAGAAAAACUAAAUCGUUUAAGUGGCCAACUGCAGCACGAGCUAUCACAACUUCAUCUAAUGGGCGAAGUUCCACGGAUAAAAUUUGUUCGUGAUAAAACGAAUAGCGGUCUUUAUCACGUCCAGGAAGUUCUGGCCAAGCUCGAUCAGCAUAAAAUCGCUGGUACAAAUAGCAUUGUAAAAUCGAAAGAAAUUGUUAAUGAUAAAAACUGUCGUUCUGAAGACAGUGAAUGGCCGGAGAUGAGACAAGAUUUCCUCAAUUUUAAUCAAAGUGUAGUUAUGGAUAAAAUUCACGGCAAGAUGCGCAAGUUCAAAGAGGCCUGGGUUCAGCAUAAACAAAACAUUGCCAAAGCCACAUAAAAAAUGAAAUAAUAAUUAUAUUUAAAUAUAUUAAUUUUAAUGUAUUUUAAACAACUAAAUUUCA